AUGAAUUUCUACGAAGCAUUAGGGAACGCUGCCAUAAAUGAGGAAAAUAAAGAGGAUUUUAAAAAGCUAAUUCUGAAGAGCGAAAGUUUUAUCGAUGAUGUGCUGCACGAGCAACUUAAGGAACGACAAAAAAAGAGGGACGAGAUUCUGCAGGACAUUUUUGACAUGCAAAUCCUCGUUGAAAAUCUUAAACUUUUCAUUAACAUGAAGGACCAAAAGCAAAUCGAGACGCUUACCAUGCUGGGAUGCGACAGUUACGUUUACGCCGACAUAUUAGACAAGAACAAAAUUUUUAUCCAAAUAGGAUAUGAGUUUUAUUUGGAGAUGUCCCUGGAGGACGCUAUCGUAUUCUUGAAAAAGAAGAUAAAUCUUUACGAGGAUAAAGUGGCCUACUGGAACAAGCAGAUAUCGCGGGUCAAGGCUCACAUACAAAUAGUAAUUACGUUGAGAAUUUCGUUCCUCACUGAGCGUUUUUAUGAAUGGUACACUUGUAGUUUAACUUCACGUGUUUAUAAUGAUGACAUGAUUUUAUUUCUUUUUUCCCUCCUACUGCAGCUGAUGAGAGCUAUUUCAAAUUUGACUUGA